CCUUGGAACGCCAACCCAAGCGUUGACAGUGACGUCUUCAAUUCCCUUACCAAUAUGAAUCUCAAAAGCCGUCGAAUCUAUCGACCGACCUUCUGGGGUAGCUGUUUCUCGCACGGCCCGUGUCGUCCGAAAGCCAAGUGGUGGACCGUGGGCGGCCAUCGGUGCCUCGGUAUAGCCAUUAUGCGACGUCCUACCAUAACCUACUCUGCCUGGCAAGGCUGGCACGGCUGGUGAUCGGCCGUCUCGAACCGCGGCGACUAGCUCGUGUUUAUUCUUUGUGCCUUUGAGCUGUUAUUUACAUACCAUCCAAGAUGAUUCGGUACAGAUGUCAGAUUCCGCACACGAAAGUCUCGCCAUGAAGCAAGAUCGCACCCAUCGAACUAAAUCGGACCAUGGCUCUGCAUUUCCAACGCAGGUUCGAGAUCCGUUACUCGUUGCACAGCUCCCGAUUCGUGAAGUCACUGAGAAGAACAUUCGUAGAGUUCUAAUCGCCAACCGGGGCGAGAUUGCCUGCCGAAUCAUCGCAACAUGCCGCAAACUGGAUCUCACGUCAAUUGCCAUCUUUGCCGAUGAGGAUUCGACUUCUCUUCAUGUCACAGCAGCAGAUGAGGCUGUGAAUCUAGGAAGUGUCAGUCAAACGGAAGGAAAUCCAUUCUUGAACGUCCAGCUACUGGUCAAGAUUGCUUUGUCGCAAAAUGCGGACGCCAUUCAUCCAGGAUAUGGUUAUCUCAGCGAGAACGAAACCUUUGCAGACGCCGUGCGUCAGGCCGGAAUGAUUUUCAUUGGUCCCAGCUCAGAGGCAAUGUCAACACUGGGUGACAAGCGCAACUCCAAAGAAUAUCUCAAACAGUAUGCACCGAGCGUUCCCCUCAUUCCUGGGUACGCAGGGUCGAGUCAGGAUGUAGCAGAUCUGGAGAGAGCAGCGGAGAAAGUUGGCUUCCCCGUCAUGCUGAAAGCUUCCGCCGGGGGUGGCGGGCGAGGCAUGCGGAUCGUUCGAGAGCGGUCACAACUGGCUGGCGAAUUGGCUCGGGCACAGUCAGAAGCGAAGCGUUCGUUCGGUUCGAGCGAUUGCAUCUUGGAGAAGUACAUCGAGGCGGCGAAACACAUCGAAGUGCAGAUCAUGGGUGACAAUCACGGCAAAGUCAUUUCCCUCUGGGAAAGGGAAUGUUCCGUCCAGAGGAGACACCAGAAGAUCAUUGAAGAAACUCCAUCUCCCUUCCUGACCUCGGAUCAACGACAAAGAAUGUGCGCGGUAGCGGUCCAAAUCGGCGAAUUGAUCGGUUACGAAGGAGCAGGAACCGUCGAGUUUGUCGUGGACGCCAAAGACGGAAGCUUUUACUUUUUGGAAGUCAACACCCGACUACAGGUUGAACAUCCCAUCACGGAAGAAGUUACGGGCGUUGAUAUUGUGGCUCUGCAACUGUUCGUGGCUGCAGGUGGAUCUCUCACAAGUGUUCCCUGGCUACAGCAGGAGGUCAUUCCACAAAACGGUCAUGCCAUUGAAUGUCGCCUUUGCGCUGAAGACCCCAACGGUGAUUUCAUGCCGCAGAAUGGCACCAUACGUCUAUGGCGGGAAUCAGAUCAAUACAGGAACGGGGCGUCAAGGGAUAUAAGGUACGAGACCGCGAUCAAGACUGGUUCUGAGGUUUCCAUCCACUUUGACUCCAUGAUUGCCAAAGUUGUGGUGUGGGCACCGACACGAGACGCGGCGAUAAGAAAGAUGGUCAGAGUAUUGGCGACCACCGCGUGUGCAGGAGUCAAGACGAACCAACUUUUUCUCCAGGCUUGUCUCCUCCACAACAGCUUCCAAGAUCCGGCCUACACCACGUCGCUGAUUCCGACGUACCUACAAGGCUUGCUUCGAAAUCCACAUGUCAACGCUACGUCGGACAUGAUGACAAUGCUCUCGGUAAUUCCCGGACUGUUUCGGAGAGCGACGACGUUGGAUCAGCGUCACAAAACUUCAGGACCGUUUCAAAACGUCCGGGUGAAUUUCAGGAAUCAGUUUCACGACCCGGUCAAUGUGUCCACGACGAUAACCGUGCCUACCGCGGAGCCACCGAAACCUAUAUUGUCAGUGUGGAAAGCCAGCUCUUCUGGACAAGGUUGCUGCAAUCCUUCAUUCCAUGUUACCGUGGCACCUAUACCGGACAACACCUCGAAGGAAGAAACUGAAACUGUAGACAGCACAACCAAAACCACCACUCCUGCCAGAGAAUUAUCUCGUCAAUAUCACGCCAUCAGUCGAAAACUCCGCGAUGGAUCUCUCGCCACCGCCACGCAAUACACGGUACAAUUGAGGAAAUACCAAUCCAAACAGAUCAACGAUGAUUCGGGCUCCGAUUGGCAAGAAGGUUCUGCUACUGUUGCAAUCAACAACUCCACGAUUCAAGUUUAUGUCGCCAGCAAUAUCUCGUCGUCAUCCUCCCAAGGUACUACCGCUGAUGCAUCUUCCUUUUUGUGUCACCUCCCUUCAUUGGGGACAUGGGUCGGAUACACGUGUCACACUUUGUUGAACUACAUCGAAACUCUUCGUCCUUCCUUGUCAGGUUCCGUUGUGGGCUCUUCGAACUCGAAAAUCAUCAAGGCCCCGAUGCCAUGCAAGGUCCUGUCGGUCUUGAAACAAAACGGCGAGGAGGUCAAGGCGGGCCAGGUGGUGCUCGUCAUUGAGAGUAUGAAAAUGGAGACGAACAUCAGUGUGAAUAUAGCUGGUAAAUUUGGCACGAAUGUCAAGGUUGGAGAUUCGGUCGACGACGGCAAGGUAUUAUGUUGGGUCGAGUAGUAGAGAAGUUUUUCUGAUGUACCAG